CAGAGAAUGUCUCAGACAAUGGGGAACAGAAGAUGAGGCGCUGGAAGAGGGACCAUCAUGGGAGGACAAGCCCCUACACGGGAUGUACCACCGGACCAUAACUGAAGUGGCUGAUCUCAAGAAGUCCUAUCAGUGGCUAGAGAGGGCUGGCCUGAAGGACAGCACAGAGGCACUCAUCCUGGCUGCUCAGGAGCAGGCUUUGAGCACCAGAGCCAUCGAGGCCCAGAUAUACCACACCAGACAAGACCCAAGGUGUAGGUUGUGCAAAGAGGCACCUGAGACGAUCCAACACAUAACUGCAGGGUGUAAGAUGCUGGCAGGGAAAGCCUACAUGGAACGCCAUAACCAGGUGGCUGGCAUAGUCUACCGAAACAUCUGUGCGGAGUAUGGACUGGAAACCCCAAGGUCAAAAUGGGAAACACCUCCGAAGGUGGUGGAGAAUGACAGAGCGAAGACCCUGUGGGACUUCCAGAUCCAGACUGACAAGAUGGUAAUGGCGAAUCAACCAGAUAUCGUGAUCAUAGAUAAAGGGCAGAGGAAAGCCGUUGUAGUGGAUGUAGCGGUCCCAAGUGAUGGAAACAUCAGGAAGAAGGAACAUGAGAAACUCGAGAAAUACCAAGGGCUCAGAGAGGAGCUGGAGAGAGCCUGGAAGGUAAAGGUGACAGUCGUGCCUGUGGUGGUUGGAGCACUCGGGGCAGUGACCCUCAAACUAGAUGAGUGGUUGCAACAGAUCCCGGGAACAACAUCGGACAUCUCAGUCCAGAAAUGUGCAGUGCUGGGAACAGCAAGGAUACUGCGCAGAACCCUCAAGCUUCCUGGCCUCUGGUAGAGGACCCGAGCUGAAUGAGGGACGGACACCACCCGAGGGGUGAGAUGAGG